AUGUACUGUACAGUCCACACUAGUGAAGACAAAAUGGAUACUUUGCUGCAACAGCUGACCCGUGGCAAUGCUCUGUUUCUCAUCAUUAUUUUGGGAAUGGGAGGAAGCUUUCAAUCUGGCUAUCAUAUCACCGGCUUGAGCUCUCCCUCACCGUACAUACAGCGCUUCAUCAACAGCAGCUGGUAUGAAAGACACAAAGAGCCUCCACCUGCACAUACAGUCACGAUGAUCUGGUCUCUUAUUGUUUCCAUGUAUGCUGUCGGGGGAUUCUUUGGUGCUAUCAGUGUCAAAUUUUUCUCAGGCAGGCUGGGAAGAAAAAAGGCGAUGAUCGGCAACAGCGUUAUUGCAAUUGUUGCAGCAGGGAUCAUGCUGACAAGUAAAAGGGCCAAUUCUUUUGAAAUGAUCAUUGUGGCGAGGAUUCUGUUUGGUUUCUCUGUGGGUUUGGGAACGAGCACCCAUCUGAUGUACCUUGGAGAGAUUUCACCCAGAAAGAUAAGAGGCGCAGUGACUCUGACCUUGGCGACGUUUAUGUCACUCGGCAAACUGUCUGGACAGUUUUUUGGAUUAAGUGAGAUUCUUGGUCGUGAGGAGCUGUGGGACAUCGUUCUCUGUGUUCCUGCAUGUUUCUCAGUGGUUCAUGUUAUUGUGUUGCCUUUCCUUCCUGAGGCUCCCAGAUACUUAUUUAUAGAGAAAGGUGAUGAUAAGGCAUGCAAGAAAGCUCUCCAGAGUCUGUGGGGGACAGGUGACUACAAACAGGAGAUGGACGAGAUGUUGAUCGAGCAGGCAGCCAUUGAAGCAGCCCCGCCCAAAAACCCUCUGCAGCUGCUGAGGGACAGGACCGUCCGAUGGCAGCUCAUCACCAUGUCCCUCAUCUACUGCUGCAAUCAGCUGUCAGGCAUGUCUGCGAUCAGUACCUUUUCUUUUGACAUCUUCCUGAAGGUAGGCAUCCCGAGAGACAAGAUCCGCUACGUCACUCUUGGUCUUGGGGUAUCUGAAAUCAUCACCUCGAUCUCCUGCGGUCUGCUGAUUGAAUUCACAGGGAGGAGGCCACUGUUCUGGGGGGCCUAUGGUGUCAUGUCUGCUUUGUUGGUGUUGGUCACGGUCACAUUGAACCUAAAGGAUUCCAGCUACUGGGUUCCUUACAUAACUGCUGGUUUAAUCAUCCUCUUCAUCAUCUUCUUUUGUGGAGGACCUGCGGGAGCGUCAGCUACUCUCAACUCUGAGAUAUUUAUCCAGUCAGAUCGACUGGCAGCACUUGUCCUCAUGGGGAUUCAACGCUGGUUGCUGUUUGCAGUGCUGGGCCUAGUCUUUCCUUUUCUUAUUAAUGGUCUCAGCACAUACUGCUUUGUGCUGUUUGCUUGUGUGUGCCUGCUGGGUUGUUUUUACACCUUCUUCCUCCUGCCUGAGACUAAAGGGAAGACCCUGCUCGAGAUCUCUGAGGAGUUUAAAGCCAUCACUCUCUGCGGAAAAUCCUUCUCAGAGACAGAGAGAGUGGAGACUAAGUUAUGAGGCCAUCCAAAUACAGCAGCUACAGACAGCUACAUUUAAAAAUUAACUGAAGAAUAAUUGAUUCAUUACAAAGGCAUCAACCAAUAGACACCAUAUCUUACUAUGAGGAAAUGGUGCAAUAGCACCAUCUAAACCCAAAUGACUGGGGCAAACUUGUAAACCAUGAGGAACUGUUGAGUUUUACUCUUUGUUACUGUCCA